AUGAAAUUGGUUGAUAUUCUAUUCGUAUUGACUGCGGCAGCAACCGCCAAUGCAAUACUAAUCCCGACUGAUAACGAUGAUUCACCCCAAGCAUCAGACACUUUCAACCAAGUAUCUGGCCCAACUGAUGAACCUAUUCCAGAGAUUCCCGACGAAGACUGGCAAGAAAUAAUGGAUAUAAUUAAUUCAAGCACUUCCAGCCAAAAUCAACAACAAUCAAUAGAUGAACUGGGUCCAAGUACUUCCAAUCAAGACCAGCAACAACCAACGAACCAACCCAGUUCAAACACUUCUGGCGAAUAUUGGAAACUCAUGAGUGAAAUCAGUUCAGGGACUCCUAAAGAUUUGCAAAACAUAAUUGAUGCAGUCAUUUCGAAAAAUUAUGACCAAGACCAGAAACAAUCAAUUGGUCAGUCCAGUCAAAGUACUUCCAACCAAGAUCAGCAACAACCAACGGACCAACCCAGUUCAAACACUUCUGGAGAAUAUUGGAAACUCAUGAGUGAAAUCGGUUCAAGGACUCCUAAAAACUGGCGAGAAAUAAUUGUUGCAGUCAAUUCAAAAAAUUCCAAAAAAUACCAGCAACAAUCAAUUGAUGUAGCUGGUCCGAGCACUUCCAAACGAGGUCGAAAACGGCCAAUUGAUGUAGCUGGUCCAGACACUUCCAGUCAAGACCAGCAACAACCAAUAAACCAAGGCAAGUCUGCCAAACGAGGUCGAAAACAACCGACUGAUGAGCCUAAUCCAGAUACUUCCAGUCAAGACCAGCAACAACCAGUCAACCAUGACAGGUCAGGCAAUACUGUUACAAAUCAAGUAACUGGAUUAAGCCGAAAAUAUCAGAUAAUCCUCAAUGGUAUGAAACAAAGACUUGUCGAGUCUAAAAUAGUACAAAUGAAAAAACUCAAAGAAUAUCGUGAUUAUGCAGCCCUUGGACUGGAACAAUGGUUAGCAUUAAAAAGGGGAAAAGAGAUAUCCGAACCAAUGCACAAUCCAGACGAUGAAAUACGAUUGAAACAAGAGUGUAGAAAGUUAAGCAUGAGAGUAUACGGUAUGAGACGAGAUUUGAAAAAGUUUAUGGCAAAGCAUGGUUUGGAAUUUGAAGAACCAAGUUCAGAUUCAAAUUCGGAUUGA